AUGCAGGUUGCAACUGGGGCGCUGAUCCCCCUCCUCCGCAAGCUCGGCGACCUGCUCGUGGCCGAAUUCGCCCUCGGCGAGCGGGUGAAGAAGCGUGUCAAGUCCCUCCUGACGGAGCUGGAGAUGAUGUACGUUGUCCUCCGCAAGAUGGAUGACGUGCCCGCGGACGAGCUCGACGAGCAGGUCCGGAUCUGGGCGGGCAAGGUCCGGGAGCUCUCCUACAACAUGGAGGACGCCGUGGACACCUACAUGGUCAGCGUGUAUGACGGCAGCCAUGGUGACCUUGGCCCCAAUAAUAUGAAGAAUAGAGUCAAGAAGUUCUUCAAGCGGACGAAGAAGCUGUUCAGCAAAGGGAAGGCACUUCAUCAAAUCUCUGACGCCAUCCAAGAUGCUCAGGAGCUCUCCAAGCAGUUGGAUGAGCUCCGUCAAAGGUACGCGCUUGAGGCAUGCGCCGCUGGUAUGGGGAAUAUCAUUGACCCUCGCCUAAAGGCCGUGUAUAAAGAUAUCAAAGAGCUUGUGGGAAUCAAGGGAAGACGGGAUGAGUUAAUCAACCAGCUAUUGGAUGGGGAUAGGAUGUCCAUGCAGCAACUCAAGAUGAUGUCUAUCGUUGGAUUUGGCGGGUUGGGGAAGACAACCCUCGCCAGAGCAGUGUAUGACAAGAUCAGAGUGCAGUUCGACCGUGGGGCAUUUGUUUCGGUCUCUCGGAAUCCUAACAUAAGAAUGACUUUCAAGAAGUUGUUGUAUGGACUUGACAAUAUUAAAUUUGCGAACAUCAACGAAGCUGUUAGGGACGACGAACAACUCAUCGAUGAGCUGAGAGCAUUUCUUCAGGAUAAGAGGUACUUAAUCGUGAUUGAUGACGUAUGGGAUGAAGAAGCAUGGGAAAUUAUCAAGUGUGCUUUCUCUAAGAGCGAUCUUGGUAGUCGAGUAAUAGUAACAACACGCGUAAUCAGUGUCUCUAAAGCAUGUUGUCCAUCUAGUGAUGAUAUUAUUCAUAAGAUGAAACCUCUUAAUAAUGAUGACUCCAAAAGGCUCUUCUACAAAAGAAUAUUUUCUCAAGGAGGUCAAUGUCCUAUUGAAUUUGAGCAAGUAUCUAGAGAAAUUUUGAAGAAAUGUGCUGGAGUACCACUAGCAAUCAUUACCAUAUCUAGUCUUUUAGCCAAUAAUGAUCAACAGAUAAAUCCAAAGUAUCAAUGGGACAAGAUACUCAAUUCUAUAGGCCAUGGACUUGCAGAAGGUGGUACUAUAAAGGAUAUGCAGAGAAUACUAUCAUUUAGUUAUUACGAUCUACCCUCACAUCUAAAGACUUGUUUGUUAUAUCUUAGUGUAUUCCUAGAAGAUCAUGAGAUAAGGAGAGACCGGUUGAUAUGGAGGUGGAUAGCUGAAGGCUUUAUCCAAGGUGGAGAACAAGAAAUUAGACUAUUUGAAAUUGGAGAGAGAUCUUUCAGCGAGCUGAUAAACAGAAACUUGAUUCAACCAAUAGAUGUUAACAUUGAUGUUGAAUAUAGGACGGAAGGUUGCCGCGUACAUGAUAUGGUACAUGAUCUCAUAUGUUCUAUGUCGAGUAAACAAAAUUUUGUUACUAUAUUGGAUGGUACUAAGAAAAGAAAAAACAAUUCAGAUGUCAUGGUUCGCAGGUUAUCCUUUCAAAGUAGCAUGUCUGAGCUCACAAACCAUCAGAUCGAUGCCACAGGUAUGUCAAAGUUGAGGUCUGUUACUCUCUUUAGAACUGAUGAUGGUCUGAUUCGGACUCUUCCAAACUUCCAACUUCUGCGCGUAUUGGAUUUAGAAGGUUGUGAUCUUGAGGAAAUCAGCCACAUAUGUAUUGAGAAUUUAUUACACCUGAGGUACCUAGGGCUUCGCAAUACCUAUGUUGGUAUUCUCGAGAUGGAAAUAGGGAAACUGCAAUUUCUGCAAACACUGGACUUAAGAAUAUAUACAUUUGAUGAGGUGUGA